CAUGCUGGAGAGAGAAUGAGCCAGAGGGACACGCUGGUGCAUCUGUCUGCCGUGGGAUGUGGUGGCACAGUGGGAGCUAUUCUGACAUGUCCACUGGAAGUUGUAAAAACACGGCUGCAGUCGUCUUCUGUGACACUUUAUAUCUCUGAAGUUCAGCAGAACACCAUGGCUGGAGCCAGUGUUAACCGAGUAGUGUCUCCUGGACCCCUCCAUUGCCUAAAAGUAAUCUUGGAAAAAGAAGGGCCUCGUUCCUUGUUUAGAGAAUUAGGCCCCAAUAUAGUGGGGGUGGCCCCUUCCAGAGCAAUAUACUUUGCUGCUUACUCCAACUGCAAGGAAAAAUUGAAUGGUGUAUUUGAUCCUGAUUCUACCCAGGUUCACAUGAUUUCGGCUACAGUGGCAGGUUUUACUGCAGUCACUGCAACCAAUCCCAUUUGGCUUAUAAAGACUCGGUUACAGCUUGAUGCAAGGAACCGUGGGGAAAAGCAAAUGGGUGCUUUUGAAUGUAUCUGUAAAGUGUAUCAAACAGAUGGACUUAAAGGAUUUUACAGGGGCAUGUCUGCUUCCUAUGCUGGCAUAUCAGAGACUGUUAUCCAUUUUGUUAUUUAUGAAAAUAUAAAGCAAAACCUACUGGAAUGUAAGACUGCUUCUAUGAUAGAAAAUGGUGAAGAGUCUGUAAAAGAAGCAUCAGAUUUUGUGGGAAUGAUGCUUGCUGCUGCCACCUCAAAAACUUGUGCCACAACUAUAGCAUAUCCACAUGAAGUUGUAAGAACAAGACUACGUGAAGAAGGAACAAAAUAUAGAUCCUUUUUUCAGACACCGUCUUUGGUGGUUCAAGAAGAAGGUUACGGAUCCCUCUACUGUGGUCUAACAACUCAUUUGGUGAGACAGAUUCCAAACACAGCCAUUAUGAUGGCCACCUAUGAAUUAGUGGUCUACCUCCUCAAUGGAUAGCAGCACAGGCUGCCACACUGCAAGAGGGAAGACCAAAAGAUUAUAGUGGAUCAUGGAAUAUUGGAGUCAGCAUGGUGGACAGAAAGAAUAGUAGUUUGGGAAUAUGUACCAUAAUAUGCCCAAGUGGAAGUUUGGUGAAGAUAGCUAUACCACAUUACUUAGUUUUUCA